GACGCUGGACCCGGGACAGUGAGGAUCCCUCGGGUCCCUGCCCGGCCUGCUGCUCAUUUCCCCAUCGGGCGCGCGCCUCACGGGCUACGACCCCCACCUGGGUCCGGACGCCUACCUUCGGGGUGGACCCGGCAGGUUUUCCAUCAGAUGUUCCACCGUAAUAAUGCUGGGUAACCCAGGUCUAUUUCUGGAACCAUGAAAAUUUUGCUGGUUUUUGACUUUGACAAUACAAUCAUAGAUGACAAUAGUGACACCAGAAUUGUACAAUGUGCUCCAGACAAAAAGCUUCCUAUUGAAUUACAAGAUUCUUAUCAAAAAGGAUUUUGGACAGAAUUUAUGGGCAGAGUCUUUAAGUUUUUGAGAGACAAAGGUAUAAGAGAAGAUGAAAUGAAAAGAGCAGUGACAUCAAUGCCUUUCACUCCAGGGAUGAUGGAACUUUUCAACUUUAUAAGAAAGAAUAAGGAUAAAUUUGACUGCAUCAUUAUUUCAGAUUCAAAUUCGGUCUUCAUAGAUUGGGUUUUAGAAGCUGCCAAUUUUCAUGAUAUGUUUGAUAAAGUGUUUACAAAUCCAGCAGUUUUUGAUAGCAAUGGUCGCCUGACUGUGGAAAAUUAUCAUGCUCAUUCUUGCAAUAGGUGCCCAAAGAAUCUUUGCAAAAAUGUAGUUUUGGUAGAAUUUGUAGAUAAACAGUUACAACAGGGAGUGAAUUAUACACGAAUUGUUUAUAUAGGUGAUGGUGGAAAUGAUGUCUGUCCAGUAACCUUUUUAAAGAAGAAUGAUGUUGCCAUGCCACGGAAAGGAUAUACUUUACAGAAAACCCUCUCCAGAAUGUUUCAAAAUCUUGAACCUAUGGAAUCUUCUGUUGUAGUUUGGUCUUCAGGUGUUGAAAUAAUUUCUCAUUUACAAUUUCUAAUAAAGGAGUAAUAUGCCAAUGAC